GUUUUCUAGAGAGCGAAGAUCAUUUUGGCCACAAAAAAAAAAAAGGACAGAGAGCUCUCCGGAAGAAUCCCGUCCGGCGGAAGCCAAACGCCGUUCGUUUGCUCUCGCUUGACGACACGCCGGUGAAGCCCAGUUCGUCUGGACGAGCAAACAGUCUCCUCCUCCUCCUCCUUCUAAGAAGUCGCCGCCGCCGCCGCCGCCGCCGCCGUCGCCGCAGUCGAGAUGUCUGUCACUCUGCACACGAAUCUCGGUGACAUCAAGUGCGAGAUCUUCUGCGACGAGGUCCCCAAAGCUUCCGAGAACUUUUUGGCACUGUGUGCCAGCGGUUAUUAUGACAGCACCAUAUUUCACCGAAAUAUCAAGGGCUUUAUGAUUCAAGGUGGUGACCCAACUGGAACAGGCAAAGGCGGAACAAGCAUCUGGGGCAAAAAAUUUAAUGAUGAAAUAAGAGAGUCUCUCAAGCACAAUGCAAGGGGAAUACUCUCAAUGGCUAAUAGCGGGCCUAACACCAAUGGAAGUCAAUUUUUCAUCACUUACGCAAAGCAGCCACAUCUAAAUGGACUAUACACCAUCUUUGGCAGAGUGAUUCACGGGUUUGAGGUCCUGGAUAUCAUGGAAAAGACUCAAACAGGGCCAGGGGACAGACCUCUUGCUGAGAUCAGACUCAAUCGCGUCACAAUUCAUGCAAAUCCUCUUGCUGGAUAGCCCUUUCUGAUGGGUUCUUUAAUCUUAGCUCCUAUUUUUGUUUACUAGGAGGAGUCUAGGACUAUAACAGUUUCGCUUUAGCUUAGGGAUAUCUGUGUGCUUGAUUGAUAAAUGUUGAAGAUGGUACUUGUAAUACUCAGGUACAUUUGAUCUACUUCCAAACCAUGUAUUGGAGGAUUCCAAAUACAAAAGAUCUAAAGAUGCUUGCUGAUA